AUGGAUGCCUGGAAAAAGCUGGUGGAGUUUCCUGACAAGGAUGGCAAGACCCUGGACGAGCAUCGUGAGUGCUUGGAGACCCUGAAGGCGUCGCUGCGAGAGGCUUUGAUCUUCUUGAAGCAGCGCCGAGGGGAAGACGAGGCCAAGCGGGCCCUAGAACUGAUGGAGCGCACCCUCCAGGGGGAGACCUGCUGCUUCGGCAGCCACUUCUUUGCUUUCAAGCAGGCGUCUGUGGUGCUGCUGAUGUGUCUGAAGCUACUCCCAGAGCCCCACUCGGCUUUGGACGGCUUGCCUAG